AAAUGGAUAUAAGGUUGUUUGAGUCUGCUCGGACUGGAAACGUCAUGGACUUGCACAAGUUACUAAGGGAAAAUCCUUUAAUCCUGCACACCAUCUCAAUUUAUUCUUGCGAAAAUCCCUUACAUGUUGCUUCAGCUGCAGGGCAUGUUGGUUUUGUUGGAGAGAUUUUGGGACUAAGGCCCGAGUAUGCCAACGAAGUAAAUAAAGAUGGUUUUAGCCCUCUUCAUAUUGCUGCUGCCAACGGGCAUAUUGAGGUUGUAAGAGAGCUGCUGAGUGUUGACCGGAAACUAUGCUGCCUAGAGGGAAGAGAGAAAAAGACUCCUCUCCAUCUUGCUGCUAUGAUAGGGAGGAUUGACGUAAUCACUGAAAUGCUUUUGAGUUGUGCAGAGUGUAUUGAAGGUGUGACAGUUCAAAGGGAGACUGCUCUACACCUUGCCACUAAGAAUAGCCAGUUUGAGGCAGUCAAAGUAAUGGUUGAUUGGAUUAUAGAGAUGAAGAAAGAAGACGUCUUAAAUCUCAAGGAUGAGCAAGGCAAUACAGUUCUGCAUCUAGCAACCUGGAAAAAACAACGGCAGGUGAUAGAAUUAGUACUUGGCACUGGAACAACAGUUACAUCAGGCGCGCUGGAAGUAAAUGCAGUAAACCAAAGUGGUCUUACCGCCCUGGAUGUCCUACAGAUUUUUCCUAGUGAAGCCGGUGACAGAGAAAUAGCUGACAUUCUUCAACAUGCUGGAGCCGUGAGAGCUAGAGAUGUUAUGAUCUCUCCAACUUCUUCCUGUGAAUCUCAUAAUCAAGUAAUAAACCAGCCCAGAGCACCGCAGAGAUCACGAAGGCAGACAGAUAACUUGGUGGAGUAUUUCAAGUUUAAGAAGGGCAGAGACCCUCCCAGUGAAGCUCGCAGUGCUUUAUUAGUGAUAGCUGUUUUGGUGGCAACUGCCACUUUCCAGGUUGGACUCAGCCCUCCAGGCGGUACUUGGCAAGAUAAUAGUUCUCCAAAUCAGACCAAUGGCACCAGCAUCACUAGUGCAUACUCUGCAGGGACCUCCAUCAUGGGAACCAGCAACGGAAUUGCUUUUGCACUAUUUGUGCUUUUCAACUCGAUAGGUUUUUCGAUGUCGCUUUUCAUGAUCAACAUCCUCACAAGCAAAUUUCCAUUGCAAUUUGAGCUUCAAAUUUGUAUGAUUGCAAUGUUUUUCACAUACAACACCGCGAUGGCCAGCAUUGCACCAAGUAGCGUAAAGCUCUUCACCAUCAUAAUUACGACAGUCAUUUCUUCAAUCACACCACUUCUAACGAGAAACUUGACAGCUUUCUCUUAUGCUUAUCUACUCAACGUGGUACGGUUACAACAAAAUGGUUCCUUUACAUGCCACAUUAUAGCUCCAAGUUGGACUAUAGUCGCAACAGAUGAUUACACAGAACAAGGAGCUCAGAAUGUUAAAGGAGGCCAAGUUACCGAGAUUGGUGGCAAAGCUUUCUCCACUAGAAAACAAUAA